GAAAGAUAAUUUCACGCAGGGACCCUGGACAGCAGCUCUGUGGCUAAGACAACACGAGGGGCUGUCCUGAUAAACCCAUGUCCCUGAUAAACCCGGCGAGCGGCCAUUCCGUGUCGAACUACAUUGACCGACGUCGCCCUCAGUGAGAGCGAGGCAGCGUAAACACAACUCCAGGAAGAUGAAAAGAUCGGGUGACAGUGAGGGGGAGAAGAGAAGAAAGAAUAACUUGGAAGGCCUGUACACUCAUGUGUAUCCUCUAAAAGAACUUUCAAGGCGGAAGCUACUCCAAGAGUUGGGAGAUCAGAAGAUCCCCUUUCUGGGACCUUCAGACCGGGGCUUUCAGCACCUGUGGGAUUCCAGUUACACCGGCCUGGUUCUGAGGAGAUCCUGCUCGCUGCCUGCUGAGCUCCAUGGCCGGGUGCAGGCAGCUCUGCUCACCCUGAGAAGUAAGGGCUGCCUACUGAGGGAUCUAGUUCGCGUCCGUGAACGAGAUGUAUUCACUACCGUGUCACGGGUUCUGCUGGGGGAGCCUGGCCACACCUAUCGCUAUCUUGACACGCGGCUCUUUGCCAUCCCCUGGCACAGUGAUGACACUGAGGUCAGAGGACUAAACUGUUGUGACCCUGACUUGAGUGCUGCUUGCAAGGCAUUGUGGGAGCUUAACACCUUGUUCUGCUCAGACGUGUCUCAAGGAGAAGGAGACAAGGUAACGCAAUGUGCAAAGGGAGAGGUAGAUGCCAAACAGGGUAAAGAGGGUGACACGGAAUCUAAACAUAGUGAAGACUCCAAGAACAGUGAAGGAGGGGACUCAGAGUCCCGACAGAGUGAGGAAGGGGACACAGAGUCCAAGCAGAGUGAGGAGUGGGACAUUGAGUCGAAACACAGUGAAGAAGGCUGCACAGGGUCAAAACAAGAAGGGGAGUGGGAGACUGAGUCCAAACACAGCAGUGAGGAGGGAGAGUCCUCCCAGGUCAAACCAAGUGAAUCCAGUGUUGCAGCAGGCCUGGAACUAAGUGAAGGAAAAUGUCAGAGCUGGGCGACCAAGACCAUCAGUGGCACAGAGACUGAACCUGUGGGACUGGGGCUCCAGGAGAAACCUGUGUCCCAUCUAAAGCACAGCCUGUCAGAACACCACAUUGACGACAAGGAGGAACCGCCAAGUAGGCAGGGAUGUUCCCAGCCCAGUCCGCCACAGGUAUGCACCGGUCUGGUCAAGUUCAAUGUCACCUUACUCAACUACAUGGACCCAGCAGCAAUGAGCCAUCUGAAAGAGGAGCCAUACUACGGCAUGGGGAAAAUGGCGGUAGGGUGGCACCACGAUGAGAACCUGGUCUCUCAUUCGCCAGUGGCCGUUUACAGCUAUAGCUGUCACAAUGACAAAGGUGAGAGCAGUGAAGGAAGCAGUGAUGAGAAGGCAAGCUGGAGGAUUGGGCUCAAGGUGGCCUGGGACAUCCACACACCUGGCCUGGCACUGCCACUGGAGUCUGGAGACUGCUAUUACAUGAGAGAUGACCUGAACAGUACCCACCAGCACUGUGUCCUAGCUGGAGACUCUGCACGCUUCAGCUCCACACACAGAGUGGCCGAGUGUUCCAGUGGGACCCUGACCUACAUCCAGUCACGCUGCCAAGAGGCCCUGUCUAACCUGCACACUGACCCAGAGACAGGCUCCCACAGCCUGCUGGCCCUGCUGCCAACAACGCUACAGCACUGUGAGGAGAUUCACAAUGAGGUGGAGUUCGAGUGGCUGCGGCAGUACUGGUUUCAGGGCCGGCGCUACGCCCGCUUCUGCAGCUGGUGGACCAGACCAAUGGAGCAGCUGGAGAAAGACUGGAAACUCCUGGAGACCAUGACAAUGCUCUCCCUGGCCACAGUGGAGGAGGAGGGCAGUGCAGGGGAGGGACGGAGGGAGAUGGCAGAGACCCUGCUGUCGGCCUUGACGGACAGACACCAGCAAAGACAGACAUGGAGAGACAGGUGCCAUUCGAGCCUGGCCCAGACAUUACCCCCCGAGGAGGCCCCAGUGGACCGGCCCUUCUGGGGUGUGGAUGACCCCAACAUGCCGCUGCCCUUUGAUCUGGCCGACAUCAUCAACAAAGUGGAGUCACUUCUCUGGAGGAUGUGAAGGAUGGAAAGAUGAAGAGAGACAGAAACAGAAGGAAAAACCCACCAGCUUUUCUGAAUCCCCCAUAGUAGCUGAGGGGACAGACCACUGACGACAUCUCCGUUGUGAUCAAGAUAGUUUUUUCUUUUGAUUGGGGCACCUACAUCACUCCCCUACUCCAACCUGCGCUGCCCCCAGCCGACCCCUGGCGUCUCAGCCGCCCUUGCUUGGAUUUGGCUGGAAUGGAAACCAGACCAGCACCUUAGAACCAGAGUAGCGCUUCAGUAACAUGCUAACAACACAAGCUUAGCGACAAGCUCCUAGUGUCACAGACGUCUAACGAUGGAACCCGCAUUUCAGUGUUAGCAUACAUCGUGCAACUAUUUAUUAUUUCAGUGUACUCCUUUUCUUAAUCUCAUGUAACCCAGUCGCUUUUGUCGAUAGAUCAACUCAUUCUCAGUAGUCCCAGUAGAGUACAGACAUAUGCUUUCUAUUUGUCACACAGUGUUAUACAGUAUAGGACGGUUUAGAAGAGACUCACUUCGCUCACAUGGUAUUGUAUAGUGUAAUCCUGUUUAUUGGGUUCAGAGGUGGAAUGAGACCAAAGAAAGAUUUAUGAUUAAAAAAAGUUAUGAAUGUCACCAAAUGGAGAACAUGAAGAAUGUGUUGUUUUCCGUAUGAUAUUGCGCUUGUGUCACAUUGAUGUGUGUGUGUGUGGGUGUUUGUGUGCAAACCUUUAGCCAUGUGAAUAUACAUGUGAUCAGUCGUCGGCCCGUGUGUGUUUGUGCACGUUCACUCUCCCACGUGUCGACAUGAGGGCGUGUGUGUGAAUGUGAUAGUGUGUGCGAGCCUGUAGGCAGCCUGCCAGUUGUUUGUUCUUGAAGAUGCGCAUAUGGAGAAACAGAGACGAGCAGCGGGGCCCCCUCUGCCUCUGCUCUGAUGAAAGGCAACACUGAUAGAAUGACCUGGAACACAACCGCCGUUUCUCAUAAUUACAGCUGUUCAAUCGCUUUUAAUUACUCUUAAAGUGUGUACAGCACCAUAUUCCCCUGUAAUGCUGCGGGCCAUCUGAGAAAGUGAGCAAGAGAGAGAGAGAGAGAGAGAUCCGGCGCUUCUGACAAAAUCCACUUUCAAAAAAGCUAAAAAGGGUGGAAAAGGGGGCCAACGUCAAAGCAGUGUAGCAGCCCUCCUCGUUUGAUUUCCUUCUCUAUCUAGUUCAUGAUGAAGUAGAGACGCUGUUUACUAUUAAAAAUGCAGAAUGCACUCCUUUUUUUACUUCUGAAGUUUUUUCCAAGAUGUUAAUGGUUGCCAAACGCUGUUCUUGCUUCUUCUUUUCGCAGCGCCUCUCUUGUUUGUUGUUGUCAGAGAGAUUUGUUUGUAGAUCGGCAGUAGCGUUGACUUGUUUGAAUCACUCUGUGCUCCCUGCGCCACAGCUUGUCUGUCUGAAGCAAUAGGAAUGGCAGUAAUUAAAGAACUGUUUUAUCCAAUAA